AUGUCGGUGCUCGUGGAAACGUCCAAAGGCGAGCUCGUGAUCGACCUGUUCGCGACGGAAUCCCCGAUCGCUUCGAUGAACUUUCUCAAACUGUGCAAGUUGAAGCAGUACAACGACUGCAAAUUCUUCUCCGUGCAGAAAGAUUUCGCGGUGCAAACCGGGGAUCCGUCGAAUACCGGGGAAGGCGGGAAAUCGAUCUAUUCUUUUUUGUCGAGAGAUGAAACGGACGGGAAGGAGGAGAGCGAGCAUUUCGGACGGUUUUUUAAGGACGAGAUUCACGUGGAUAAGGAACAAAACGUUCGAUUAAAACACGACCACAUCGGGACGGUUUCCUGUGCGAAUUUCGGGAGAGAAGAUACCAACCAAUCGCAGUUUUUAAUCACCACUCGGGAUUGUGUUCCGGAUUUAGACGGGAAACACACGAUUUUCGGCAGAGUGAUGGAAGGAUUAGACGUUUUACAACGAAUAAACGAGGCGUAUUGCGACGAGAAUGGGAGACCGUGGCAAAAUAUUCGGAUUAAACGCACGACGGUUUUGGACGAUCCGUUCGAGGAUCCCGAAGGCAUGCCGAAAGCGCCGGAUGAAAGUCCAUUGGUGGACAGGUCGGUACCGGACGAUCGGUUGGAGGAUGAUUUCGACGCAGAGGCUGCGCAAGAGAUGGACGAGAUCGAGCUGGAGAAGAAGUCGAGAGAGCAAGAGGCGAGAUCCAGGGCGGUGGUUUUGGAGAUGAUUGGGGAUUUGCCGGACGUGGACGCGAAGCCGCCGGAUGAGAGUUUGUUCGUCUGUAAACUGAAUCCAGUGACCACGGACGAGGAUUUGGAGAUUAUUUUUAGUCGGUUCGGAAAGGUGACGAGUUGCGACGUGAUCAGAGAUCGACGAACUGGGGACUCCCUGUGUUACGCGUUUAUCAAUUUCGAAACGAAGGAGAUGUGCGAGGCGGCGUAUUUCAAGAUGGACAACGCGUUAAUCGACGAUAGACGAAUACACGUGGAUUUUAGUCAAAGCAUGCACGGUUUGUGGAAGAAUUUUAGAAAGUUUGGGAAGAAAGGAGGGACGGAGGACGACAUGGCGAACGCGGCGAACGCGAAGAGAGGCGGAGGAAGUUCGGAUUGGAAAUCGAACAACAAGACGUUGGAGGUGAAAGGCGGCGGGAGCGGUAGAGGCUAUCAAUAUCAAACUCAUCAUCAUCCCAACAAUAACAAUAAUAAUACUAAUAGAAAGUCGUACGACCACGUCGACCAUCAUAAUCGUCGCGGUAGAGACGACGACGAGGACGACGAUCGCGAGAGACGACGACGGAAAGAAAAGAAAAAAAGAGAUAGAUCCCGGAGUCGGUCGCGAGAUCGCAAAGAACGAAGAAAGGAGAAAGAUCACCAUAAACGACGGGAUCGAAGUCGCUCGAGAGAUAGGGAAAAUAGGAAGCAUAGCAGACGAUAUUAG